AUGGGUCUCGUCCAGAGAGCCGCGGUGCUGCUGGCACUCACCAGCACCGCCCUCUCCUUCCCAACCCUCAGUCAUGUGUGGUCCACCAGCGGCAGCAGCCAGGAUGUCUACACCAAGGCCGUCGUCGAGUCCCUCUCCUCGCCCCCUCGGGGUUGGGUGCAGGACGAGACUCGUGCCGUUGACAAGGACGCCGCGACCAUUCGCCUCCGUAUGCACCUCGUCCACCAGGACAUGGAUAAGUUCUACGAGACGGCCAUGAACAUCGCCACGCCUGGCCACUCCAUGUAUGGUGCCCAUAUGAGCCAGAAGGCCAUCGAUGGUAUCAUCGCGCCCAAGGACGAGUCUGGCAGCAUGGUUAUGCAGUGGCUCGAGAGCGAGGGCCUGGUGGGUUCUGCCAAGUUCUCAAACCGUGGGGACUCCGUCAUCGUUGAGGCGAGCGUCGCACAGAUCGAGAGACUGCUUGAUGCCGAGUACAGCGCUUUCUGUAAGUGUGGCUUUCUUUCUGGCGAGACCGUUCUCCGCACUCUGGAGUUCAGCCUUCCCACCGUUCUCAAGGGACACGUCGACAUGGUGCAGCCCACAACCUUCUUCGGCUUCCGCAGCUACAAGUCCACCAUUUCUGGCGUCCGCCCCUUCGACAAGUCUUCUGUGUCCAGUGAAGAUAUUGACGCAGUCACGGGCUGCGCCUCGUACGUUGACCCAACUUGCCUGGCCAACCUGUACGACUUCUCUGAUGCCGAUACGUACACUACCGGUCUGUUCGGUAUUGCUGGUUUCCUCGAGCAAUAUGCUAUUGCCUCGGAUCUCAAGACCUUCCUGGCUGAUUACGCCGUCGAGGGCAACACUGGCGAAUCCUUCACCUGUGUCGUGGUGAACGACGGCGAGUGUCCCACGGCCGCCUCUGAGGCCGGUGACGAGGCCAACCUCGACAUCCAGUACGCCCGCGCCAUCACUGAGGACAUCCCGCUCAACUUCUACUCCACUGGCGGCCUGGGCGAGUGGGUCGGCUCUGGUACCAACACCAACGAGCCCUACGUCGAGUUCCUCGACUACCUCCUCGAUCUGGACGACUCGGACCUCCCCAACACCCUCUCCAUCUCGUACGGUGACGACGAGUCCACUGUCCCUGACGACUACGCCACCACGGCCUGUGAUCUCUUCUCCCAACUCGGCGCCCGUGGCGUCUCCAUUCUCGUCGCGUCCGGCGAUUCGGGUGUCGGUGCCACCGGCACCUGCGUUUCGGACGGCGUCAAGGAGUUCGCCGUCAGCUUCCCCGCCUCCUGCCCGUGGGUGACCACCGUCGGCGGCACCACCGGCCAGAGUCCCGAGUCCGCCUGGACCGACUCCGGCGGUGGCUUCUCCUCGCUCUUUGGCCAGCCCAGCUACCAGGCCGCCGCUGUUGACGCCUGGCUGACCGACGACACCACCCACGACUCCGUGACCGCCUACUUCAACGCCAGCGGCCGUGCGUACCCCGACGUUUCGGCCCAGGCCACUGACUUUGUCAUCGUCGUUGACGGCAGGAGCGAACUGGUCGACGGCACCAGCUGCGCCACUCCCACUUUCGCCAGCGUCAUCCAGCUGGUGAACAGCGACCGUAUUGCCAACGGAAAGGCUGGCCUGGGCUUCCUGAACCCCUGGCUGUACACCAAUGCAAGCAGCGCCCUGACCGAUAUCACGAGCGGCUCCAACUCAGGAUGCCCUGGUAUCAGCGGUGCCGGCUUCGAUGCGGUCAGUGGAUGGGAUCCAGUGACUGGACUGGGCACGCCUGUCUUCACUUCUCUGUUGGCUGUGAGCAGUGACACGUGA